GCUUUUGGGUUAGAAUUGUGGAUCCCGACUUUAUGUGCAAGUAGUUAAUUUUACCCGACACUCUAUCUGUUGUUCUUGACCCGCCGGAAUUUUAACAGCCAAGAUCACUAUCAUAAUCAAGAAGCUCUCACUCUGACCUGCCAAGUUAAAUUGGGACCAAUAUGUAGAAAAUGGGUUUGAAUGGAUUGCGACCAUAAAGCUGCCAGAAUGGGGCUGACUGAGGGUGCCUACUGUGUUGUUGCUGCUGAAUCUGCUGGAAGGCAAAUUCCAAUUGCUUUCUUAGAGCGUGUAAAGGAUGAUUUCUACAAGAAAUAUGGUAAAGGGAAAGGUGCUACUGCAGGUGCCAAUAGCCUGAAAAAGGAAUAUGGGCCAAAACUGAAAGAGCACAUGAGGUAUUGUGCUGAACAUCCAGAGGAAAUGAGCAAAAUUGCAAAGGUUAAGGCUCAGGUUAAUGAAGUUAAAGGAGUGAUGAUGGGAAAUAUCGAGAAGGUUCUGGACCGUGGUGAGAAGAUAGAGCUUUUAGUAGAUAAAACUGACAACCUACGAUCGCAGGCACAGGAUUUCCGGAAGCAAGGGACCAAGAUGAAGAGGAAGAUGUGGUUUGAAAACAUGAAGAUAAAAUUGGUUGUGGCGGGUAUUUUUGCACUCUUGAUUCUCAUUAUCAUCCUGUCCGUCUGUCCUCAUUUCAACUGCUAGUUGCAUUGCGGGCGACGGUCGUCCGGCUUAAUCGAUUUCCUGCAAAGCGGUUCCCUUAAUUAGCAUAUGGUUGAUUGAUUCAUGCAUGGUGUUCUUGGUACGCAGUUCUUUGCCCAAUAUAUAUGACCACAUAUAUAGCUUUGGCGCCAGCUUGUAAAUUCUUCUUUAGGACUUGGUGUAUAGGUUUUUCUUUAGGAUGGACGGUAUCUUUUUUUUUGCUGGUAUAUGCGUUGUGUUACCU